AUGUCGAAGCGAAAGCAAUGGGAUAAUUUUAAAAAUAAGCUGGCAGCUAAGAGGAUGGGGAAGAAAGAAAGAGUGGAGGAAGGAGAAUACCUCACAGUGCAACAACUGUCAGCUUCAGUUGAAGGUAAAGCGCAAAAGUAUACUCGUAUUGGGCCAUUAACAAUGGUGCCAUUCAAACACGAAGAAAAGACAAUGCAAAAUGUGAGGCAAGCAUGUAAAGAUCAUUUCAGUUUUGGAGACAAGUAUCAUUGUGAUAUCCUUGCUGGAGAAAGGGGGCCGUCAUAUACUAAUAUUGGUCAAAUAAAGAAUUGGAAACUAUUACAUGUUAGAUUUAUUGAAUCAGAUGGUCAACUGUUCUUGAAGGACUCGUCAUGCGCAUCAUCUGCCCAACAAAUUAACACAAGAGGGAGAAGUGGCUCGCACAAGGAAGGUAGUACUAGUCUAACAAUAUCUGUUCCAGAUGAAAAGCAAAAGUCAUCCAUGAUCCCUAAGUCAGUUCCACUGAGUCAACUUAUUAUGAUGGGCAAACUCAUCCCUCCCAAAAAGAAUGUUGUAACAUUGCAACUGGAACAGUUCAAUGUCACCCUUAAAUGCUGGGAGAAUCCACUAGAAGCUAUUUUGUCAGUGAGUGUUGAAAAAUUUGCUAGUGGUGGUUGUCGGGAUGCAUUCGAGGCAAAUGGGAUGAAAGGUUUCAGUGGCAAACUGGUUUUAAAGCGUUACAAGCCAGAACGUAUAGAUGAGUUAACACACCUUUUCAACUCUCUGGAUGACCAUACUAGGAAAGUCGUCCAAAUGCAUGCAAUUGCACGGCAUUUUGCACAGAUGAUGCAGCGAGAAGCUCCCUUGGAAUUCGGUGAAACAUUUACAUAUACAAAGCUGUACUAUGGGAAAUUAAAUGAUGAAGCAGUCACAGUUGAACAGUUUAUUGAAGGUACAUUCAUCAAGUAUAUAAACAAUACUGGUGAUAUCCUUGUUAAAGAUCAGAGUGCCAUUGCACUAAAGGCUGAAUCGUUUGCACAUUAUUCCUACGUCAAGUCAGGUGAACAACUUAUCAUAGUUGAUCUUCAAGGUGUUGGGUUUACAUUAUUCGACCCAGAAAUUGCCAGUACCACAUUGUAUGCUGAUGACAACUCAAUCUACUUUUGUGCUGGCAACCUCUCAAUAACAUAUGCUUGCCCAAAGGGCACAAAAUUACGAACAUGUACAUAUCAUUUCCAUUACGCAAAUAUCAGUUUCAAUCCAAAUUCGUCGAAGUUGAGGAAAAAAUCGUCAAAGUCGAGUACAAAUUCGUCGAAGUCGAGUUGA